AUAAAAUUACUAAAAUACUUAAAAACAAAUUUUUUUCCACGAAAUAUUUUGUUUAUAAAACAGAUCGCAAACUCUACGUAAAGUGUGUUAAGUGUGCAACAGAAAAUGUUUUAAGUAAAUUUGCAGUGUAAAAGAAAAAAUUGCAGCUUAAAAUUUGCAAAAUAAUAGCCACAAAUUUUUUUUCAAAGAUAAUUAAACAAAAAGUAAAAAAUUACAUUAACGAAAAUGCCUUUUGUUGCACCAAAAGGCAAUAGCACAGCAUCAACAUCCAACAGCACAGGACGCACUACAUUUCGUCCACCGUGGGUGAAGGAUGAUGGCACAACUGCACUUAAGUCCACAGUUAAAACUUCCGUUCCAUGGGCUAAGAAAAAUGCAGCAGAAAAGGAAAAUGGUGAACAAGCUGCAGCCUCCACCACUAAUAGCACAACAACUGCAAAGAAAACAACUGCAGACAGUGCAGCUAAAAAAACUGUAGAGACUCCCAAAAAGACAACCGAACCAGCAAAGAAAACAGUGGAACCCACAAAAAAAACAGUGGAACCAGCAAAGAAAACUGUGGAGCCGGUCAAAAAAACAGUAGAACCGGUUAAGAAAACAGUUGAAGCUACAAAAAAAAUUGUAGAGCCAGUAAAAAAAAUCGUAGCACCUGUGAAAAAAAUAAACGAACCAAUUAAAAAGCCAACAACAAAUACAACAACUAUAAAAACAAGUGCAGCUGCUAAAAAGAAAGAACCGACGCCAUCAUCCUCCGAAGAAGAAGAAACUGAGGAAGAAGAAGAAACUGAAGAAGAAGAAGAAACUGAGAGCGAAUCCGAAGAGGAGGAAGAAGAGGAUGAUGAACUUAAAGGUAUUUCAGAUUUAGAAGGUUUAUCAGAUAUAGAUAUGUCUGAGUUUGAUGAUACCCUGAGCUCCCAUCCACAAUUAAAACCAACACCUCGCAAAAAACAAACUGAUGAUACUGAAUUAAAACGUCGUUUCUCAAUCGAAAAGCCUAAAUUACGCCCGGUCGCAGUUAAACGCGAUAAGUCCAUGAAAAAUGUAGAAGAUGAAGAUGAGUUUGUAGACGGUGAAACUGAUGAGGAACGCGAACGUAGAUUACGUUUUAAAUUAGAAAAACCAAAAUUGCGACACGUUAAACGUGAAGAAAAGCCCUUGCCUGCCAAAAGUUCCGAAAAUAUUUUGAAAAUAAGACCGGCUUUGAAAAAAGUUUCGAAAAUUGAAGAAUUUCUUAAAGAACCCAAAGAGGAGCCAAAGCCAGAAUUCAAAACGAAGCAAUUACGCAAAACUCCCUCUAUAAAACGUGAACCGAGCAUUAAAAACGUGUAA